UUUUAGUUGGGCAAACAGCUUCCUCAGUACAAAUAAAUGCACUAGAGGUGUGUGAGACCCAUCCAAGAUGGUGGCUGUGGUGAAAUGUCAGCUCCAAUAGGCAGCACCAGUUCAUGGGCCGUCUACUUAUGUGCAGAGCCCACACAUCCUGGACAUAAAUUGUUUAGAACUUUACCUUCAGGUCUGCGGUACAGAGCAAAAAACGGCUGCCAGAGACAGUUUCUUCCACUCAGCGAUAAACACGGAACCGUCCAAGUUCCCAUAUCGAUCCCAUGCAUAUUGGCACCUUUCUGAUCAUUUCUCUCUUUUCUAAAUAUAUUAAAUUCAAAAUGUCCUCAUUGAGAGCAACAUGGAACCAAAGUCAAAUUGCUGGUUUAUUUGCACAAGCUUGCCAAAUAGAGCUGAUUCUGAUCUUUAUCAUUGCCUUCAUAAACUCUGAGUGACAGUCGCUUCAUUUGUCCAUGUUCCAUUUGGUUUUUAGGAAAAUUAUAACAUAAAUUACUGUGGACGUUUUUACCUACACCUGGCUUACAGUUGAGUAACUUGGUGGGAAUUAACUGCUGUAGUUUUCCAACAUAGGCCCCAGUGUAAUGCAUCCAGAGGACAUGCUGAUGUGCAAACUUGUAAUCUUUACGUAGAAGUUGAAAUUGAAUCAUUUUAUUGAGGAUUUGAUUAAGAAAUCUAGAUGAUUUACUUCUCGAGUUAGGCGAUAAUAACGAUAAUAUUGUAAAGAUUGUGAAAACGAUAAGUCUUGCAAUAAACGCAUAAUGAAAAAUUGUUGAUUUCUUUCAACAUUCAAUAGCAACAUAGACCCCAGAUAAGAGCCUGUCCAGCCAGUGGGAAGAAUAGCGCGGGCAGCGUUGCAUCAUGCGGGUCGAAGGAGAAGUACGGCGUGUCGUGCACAUAGUGUGUUUCGAGUUAAUUACGGGAAAUUUAUUGACCGCUGUACGUCGCUCGACAAAAUGAUUACAGCAUUUUUCACUGACUGACGUUCUGUGUUUAAUGUGUUUUAUUUUUUAGAGCAAAUAUUUAUAAAAUGUUAUAUUGGAGGAGUCUUAUAAACAUGGCAAAAUAUUGUCAUCAGUUUGUACAGGCAUCUCUUGUGGGCAUACGUCUCUUAUUUUGUUUAUCGAUGUCAAAAUUGUAUCGUAUCGACUUAAAUUAAGAAAUAUAUGGUGAUAUAAGUUUUGGUCAUAUGUGAUUGUCCACAGGUGGACUUCAUUUCACACACGAUGUGACUUUUGAAGAACAACACGACAGUAUGGCCACUGUUGCUGUUAGUCCAAGUGAAUACCUUCAGCCAUCCACUGCUUCUACACAACAGGACACGCAGCCUUCUCCUCUGGCCCUUCUGGCUGCCACUUGCAGUAAAAUCGGACCCCCUGCUGCUCAGGCCCCUGUCGCUGCUCCUCCAACUCAGCCGCAACCUCGCAGGCUCCAGCCCAUAAAGCCAGCUCCCAUAGCACCGGCUCCACCCAAAAACCUGGGCUUUCUUUCAGCGAAGGGCAAUGUGAUCCAGCUCCCUGCUGGCUUGGGACCCUCAGCUCCCGGCAGUCCCAUUGUCCUUACAAUCCAACAGAGCCCUGCACGCACCAACCCGUCUGGCCCUACCAACAUCCAGUACCAGGUGAUGCCACAAAUCCAGAUGAUGCCACAGGGAGGUCAGAUCCAGCUGAUCCCAGGCACUAACCAGGCCAUCAUUACCACUCCUAUGACUGUGCCAGCCCCCGCUGCUGCUGCAACGCCAGUCACACCACAGAAGACUGUAGCCAUUAAACCCUCGCUCAAGGUACGGAAGCCAAACAACACAGCUACAAGUGUGAUGCAGCUACCCAGUGGGCUCACUCUACCCCUCAAUGUUGCAACCGGAGAAGUGGGUGGGUCUGCAGUGGUCACAGAGACAGCUGCUUCCCCUGCCACACCUGCAAAGGGACGACGAGGGAGGAAGAAGAAAGUGGUUCUGCCUGCUGAACCUCCACCACCUCCUGCACAGGCUGCCUCACCACCACCAGAGCAGAUGGAGACCAUUUUAAUUGAAGCUGGUGAUAACAUAAUACAGGCGGGGAACAAUUUGCUGAUAGUGCAGAGUCCUGGCCAGCCAGCCAUGGUGCAGCAGGUCCAGGUGGUUCAGCCUAAGACAGAGUCUCAGCUCAUUCAGAUCCCGCAGCAAGCAUUGAAAGUGGUGAAGGCUGCUUCUGCCACGUUGCCUCCUGUCCCACAGAAACAGGCCAUCUCUCCAACUCUGCAGCUGACUCCUCCAGAACCAACACCGACCCAGAUCAUCUUCAAAACAGCUUCAGGUGAAUGGCAGACAGUUCAAAUACAAGACCCAGGCUCAAAGUCAACAAGCCCCACCACCUCUGUUGCCCCCACUCCCCCCACACCGCCACCUGCCAGCAGCAAGAGGACGCCGACUGGGGCAAGAAAGGAGCGCACCCUGGCAAAGAUCGCCCCAGCAGGAGGAAUGAUAGCAUUCAGUCCGUCACAACUGUCCUCUACAGCACAAGCAGUGCAGACCAUCAGCAUCAAUGGGGUCCAAGUCCAGGGGGUUCCUGUCACCAUCACCAAUGCAGGAGGCCAGCAGCACCUAACAGUGCAGACGAUGCAUGGAGGAGGCCUCCAGCUGGCAACAGCUCAGGGCCAGCCUUCCAUCCAGGUAGACCAGACUCUCACGCUGGAGCUGCCCAGUCAGCCUGGGGAGAAAAAACGCCGCAUGGCCUGUACGUGCCCCAACUGUAAAGAUGCAGACAAGAGGCCCGGGGAGGUGGGGAAAAGGAAACACAUCUGCCACGUCGUUGGCUGUGAGAAGACGUUCAGGAAAACAUCGCUUCUCAGAGCACACGUCCGGUUGCACACCGGGGAGAGGCCCUUCGUCUGCAACUGGGUUUUCUGUGGGAAACGUUUCACACGCAGCGACGAGCUGCAGAGGCAUGCAAGGACGCACACAGGAGACAAACGCUUCGAGUGCAAUCAGUGUAAGAAACGCUUCAUGAGGAGCGACCACCUGACAAAGCAUUACAAAACUCACAUAAAUACCAAGAACUUAUGAGCCCACUCUAAGAGGUUUUUACUGAAAUACCCAGAACUUUGCUAGAGGAAGGAAAACCCCUCUCACUCCUUCAGGAUACUCUUGUGACAUGUUGUAGAAAGAAAUCCCCCCAUGAGGACUUCAGGCUGAUCCAGCAAAGUUAUUAAUCCCAGUCCAUUUGAGUUUUAGGUUUAAAAAUUUUUGAAAAGUUGCUUUUAAAGAGUGAAAAGAGCCCAGUUUGAAUGUUGCAGCUUGGGACAGCGUGGCUCCAGUCUCAGAUCCCAGACUCCCUAUCUUUACUGUGAACGUGUGUGAAGAAAGGACCCACACAGAAUGAUUCUAACAUGCAAAUGGGACGGCUGUGACAGAGCCUAGCUCUGUUGUCUCAAAAGUCCAAACAUACAUUUCCCAAAUUAAAUAUCUCAGUGCAAUAUUUUUUUUGCCGGCCUUUCAUAAUGUGAUUUUUUUUUUAUUUUUUUGUCAUUUUACCCUGUAAUAAUUAGGAAAAUCAAAGUCAAAAUUCUUAGUUGACAUCCACUGUUUUAUGUACUACAUGUUAAAUAACAGGCUCCCCUAAUAAUAAUAAUAUUAUUAUUAUUAAUGAUGAUGAUGGUGGUAAACAUUUUAAUGAAAUCUUACACUCUGAUUAGCUUGACUAGAUUUAGGCUAAACAGAGCUUUCCAUAUAAAAGCCAUCUUUAAUUUGCUGGAUUGAUACAAAGCGGGAAGCAUCAGAACGGAGUCACCGUGUCCUUAUUAUGAAUUUAAAAUGUUUAGGAAUCUACAAACAAGAGGGGCCAGUAGAUCUGCUUUAAGUAAAACAGUACAGUGAUUACGACUAAUUAGUGCUUCAGACUGAUCUGAAAGUAGCAAUACGAAAACAUAAUUGAUUUAAAGAUGAGCAAAGGAAUUUGGGAUGGGAUAUAAUUGACAUGAAAGUGCACAAUUGAUCAGGAUUCCAAUUUAAAUUGCUUUAGCAGUGCAGAGGUGGCAUGCUGUGAUCUCCUGUCAUAUGACAACAUCAUCAUAAAGCAAAAACGCAAAAGUUUUAAUUCCAAGCAUGUCAAGAAACUGGAGUGAGACUAAAAUAACAUGAAAGUUAAAACAAAACAAAAAUCAUACUUUGAGUGAAAAAAACUUCUGUGGCCAACCACACUUAGAACAACCAGAUCAGCAUUGAGUGGAAGCUUGUCAGUCAUGUUUAAAAUACAGAAACAGUCUGCUGUGAAAUGACAUAUCUUCACAGAAUCAUUUUAGCACAUUCAGCCAAACAAGGUUGUUCUGAAAUGUUGAGUUAAUUUAAACGGUUGUAAAGAAUGAAUUUAGGUAAAGUAUUAGAGAUGAACUAAUGACCAUGUUGGGUAAAUGGCUCAAACCUUCUGUUUUCUCCACUGUGGGAUUCAGACAAGAAUCUGGGUACGGUUACAUCUGAGGCAUCAGAUUUCAUUACGAUUGGUACCUUAAAAUCCCUCCAUUCAUUUUACUUUUACUUAAUCUGGUGAGUUUCAGACUUCAUACAACUUGUGUAAUUUCUACUAUAUUCUUAGCCUUUGUAUGUAAGAUUGUGUUAUAAACCACAAAGGCAUUUUUAACAACACUGCUAAAAAUACUUUUGGUAGAAUAAAGAGUGAUGAUUGGGUGAAGAUCUGUACACAGUUGUAAAUGAUAGCCAGUUCCACAUCAGGUCACUGCUUUGCUAAAUCCUACUCCCAGUGCUUCCCCCACAUUUUGCCAUUUCAUCUUUUCCCAUCCUCGUGUUGUACCUGUACACAGACCAUUGCAAAUCAGUUUAUUUCUUAUUGUGGUAUUUUUAAGACUAAUUAAGAUGGUCAAAAAAUAUCCAUAUUCCUUGUAUGGUUUACUUUAAUUUAAAGUUAUUUUCUGAAGAAGUUGUAUUAUUACUUGCAUUUAUUUUGGUUCUGAUCAUGUUUGGGCCCGUUGGCCUUUCUAAAUAUGACAGUUUGUGACACGUUAUUAAACAAGAACUACUUUAAAUAGCCUCUUCCUAAUAGAUGCUAUUUAUUGGAUAAAUCAACAUUUCCUUUCUUAAAGCAGAAUGAGGAGAAUCUGGAAAAUUACUUUAAAUCAUUAGGUGUCAAAGCGUGUACAAAUUGACUCAUGAUUGGUACGAAAUGUCCUACUGCAGAUUACUCUAUGUCGCACCCACAAAAAAAAGUUUGGUAGAAAACGACCAAAGGUACGAAAUGGCGUAGGGUCAAACAGACCAGCACCCAAGCUAGCUUGCCCUUCAUAUUGUUCAUUUUUAUAAAUAAGCCCCCAGAAUUCCACUUUUAUUAGACUUUUUUCCACUACAUACUUUUGACCUACAAAUUCCUAGCCCUUGCUUUUUAAAAUUUCUGAUUGGAUUUUUUUUAUCAUUCGACAAUCAUGUCACAAGAUGCAAAAAAAAUCUGUUUUUUUCCCCCACUUUACAUGGCUAUAUUUUGUAACAGUUUGCUAUUCCACAUUAAAGCUCAGAGGUUCCGCAGUAGAAGAUCCUGCUCUCAAUAUAUAUGUUGUGCAUUUUUGAUAAUGCACAUUAUAUGCCGGCUUUUUUUUCUAGUAGCCUAAAGUUGAAUACCAGUUGCUAACAUUGAAUGACUGGUCCACAGUUUACACACCUUGGGUUCAAGGGAAGCCACUAAGGAUCAAUUAUUUCAUCUAUGUUAAGUUUCCUUACAGGGUGUUUUUAAAUCAGGAUUACUAAUAGAUGGCGGUGUCGUACUAAUCAUUCAAAAGAAUGAAGGGGUCACAGCAGGAGGAUUUGAACCUAAAUCUAGUGUCACAUUACAGCACUUUUGAGUGCUUCAAGGGGGUGACGGACUUUGUAGUGCUGGUGGCCAAUAUUUGUGUGAUAUAUUUUAAAACUGUCUGAAGACAUGCAGUCCACAUGGAAAGAUAAGACCUAUAUUUAUGUUUUUCAUAAAUUUGUAAAUAAGGUGUUUUUUUGAAUCAGUAAAUGUAGGAUAUAAAAAUGUUACAUAGGUAUUUGGUUGGCCUUGGCCACCCUAGAAGGAAAGAACCUUGUACAGUUUGUAAGUUAAAAUAUCUAAAUAAAUAUAUAUAUAUUGUGACAUUGUAUAGAGUCAUUCCUGCUUUGUAUUAUAUGUUUUGAUUUCUUUUUUUAACUGAAUGAGAGAUGCCUUAGACAGCUGCGCCCAGUAUUUAACUUAUUUUCUGUCUAAUUCUGGUUAACAUUUGUAAAACUUGCUUUGUGUUUCUACCUUAUGUUACGUAAUGUUAUGAGCACUGAUUAAACCCCUUGGUUCUACAUUUUGUAAGAUUUAUGCUGAUUGCAAUUAAAUGUUUUUCUUUUUUUUUUUUUCAAAUUAUAGCAGUUCUGGUGCUCAAUUUCUGUAAAUGAAGAAUUCUACAAGCGUCACCAAAUGUUCUACCGCCACUUUGUGUGUUUGCCAGGAGAAUACAGGGAACCAGCAAAUAACCUACUAUAUUAAAGGUGCUAACACACAUUUGCUCCUUUUCUAAUCACCUCCUCAAUAAAGUGCUCAAACCAGUUUAAA